GAAUGUGAGUUUCCUCUGGGCUUACCUAUUUGUUCCCUAACAGGUUCUGAUGUGGAAGGUGGAGCGGCAAUGGCUCCUGGCUUUGCCACUACAGCUCUUUCUCUGCUCUGAAACUGGUUAACUCCUGCAUUACUUAUCUUACAAGGUGGCUAAGAAGAUAACUUGAGAUAAGAGAAGCGAGAGUACUUCGCUUUGAUUAGGGAUUGAGUUCUUUUCUGUCCCUCUGACCACAUCGUGCUAGAUUCUGACAGUUUUGUGUUAGUCUUUGGUAAAAAAUAGAGGAAGUCACUCUGAGUUAUGUAUUCAUUAACCUCUGGAAGACAGCUCUGCCCACACCAGGAGGAAACUUGCCACACUUCCCUGAUGAAAACGACUGGAUUUGGAUUAAUGAAAAAAGGAGUGGUCAGCUGUCCUCAGAGUAAGUGAAGUUUUGCUGGCUGGAGAGGAGACAGGAGCUGGCAUUUUGUGUUAAUGUGCUUGAAAAGGAGAGAGCACUCCAGGUGUUUCUAGGAGUGAAAACAUGGCUUUCUUUGGCCUGAUGAAGGAAAACCGAGGAAGAUGAGAAGUGGAAAGACUUUCAGAUGUACAGGAAACUCAGUAAUCAGCAUUGGCAGAUGUGGGACAGAAUCAUGAGUCAGAGUUUGCCUUAUCACGUCUACUCCUUUUUGAGACUGUUGCCCUUUUGGGUCCUGUGUGCAUCCUGCAACAAGUGUGCUGUUAGACAUGAAGUAGCUGACUGCAGUCACCUGAAGUUGACUCAAAUACCUGAUGACCUCCCAGCAAACAUAACGGUGUUGAAUCUCACCCAUAAUCAAUUCAGAAGACUGCCACCUGACAAUUUUACAAGAUACAGCCAACUUACUAUCUUGGAUGGAGGAUUUAACUGCAUCUCAAAACUAGAGCCAGAAUUGUGCCAAAAACUCCCUUUAUUGGAAAUUUUGGACCUCCAGCACAAUGAGCUGUCUCAAUUUUCUGAUAAAACCUUUAUGUUCUGCAUGAAUUUGACUGAACUCCAUCUAAGGUCCAACUCAAUCCAGAAAAUUCAAAAUAAUCCCUUUAAAAAUCUGAAGAAUUUAAUCAAAUUAGAUCUAUCUCAUAACGGUUUAUCAUCUACUAAAUUAGGAACUCAGCUCCAACUGGAAAAUCUCCAAGAGCUUCUGUUAUCAAAUAAUAAAAUUCAGGCACUGAGACGUGACGAACUUGAUUUCCUUGGCAAUUCUUCUUUGAAAAAGUUAGAGUUGUCCUCAAAUCAAAUUAAAGAGUUUUCUCCAGGGUGUUUUCAGGCAAUUGGAAAAUUAUUUGGCCUCUCUCUGAACAGUGUCCAACUGGGCCCCAGUCUCACAGAGAAACUUUGUCUGGAAUUAUCAAACACCAGCAUCCAGAAUCUAUCUUUGAGUAACACACAGCUGUACAGAACGAGCAAUACAACUUUCUUUGGGCUAAAGCAGACAAAUCUCACCAUGCUCGAUCUUUCCCACAACAACUUAAAUGUGAUUGGUAAUGAUUCCUUUGCUUGGCUUCCCCAUCUGGAAUAUUUCUUCCUGGAGUAUAAUAAUAUAGAGCAUUUGUAUGUUCACUCCUUUUAUGGGCUUUUCAAUGUGAGAUACCUGAAUUUGAGACGAUCUUUUACUAAGCAGAGCAUUUCUCUUGCUUCGCUUCCCAAGAUUGAUGAUUUUUCCUUUCAGUGGCUAAAAUGUUUGGAGUAUCUUAACAUGGAAGAUAAUAAUUUUCCAGGCAUAAAAAGCAAUAUGUUCACAGGAUUGGUAAAGCUGAAACACUUAAGUCUGUCCAACUCCUUUUCAAGUUUGCGGACUCUAACAAAUGAAACAUUUCUAUCACUCGCUCAUUCUCCUCUACUCACACUCAACCUAACCAAAAACAAAAUCUCAAAACUAGAAAGUGGUGCUUUUUCUUGGUUGGGCCACCUAAAGAUACUGGACCUUGGCCUUAAUGAAAUUGGGCAAGAACUCACAGGUCAGGAAUGGAGAGGUCUAGAAAAUAUUUUUGAAAUCUACCUGUCCUACAACAAAUACCUACAAUUGACUAGCAACUCUUUUGCCUUGGUUCCAAGCCUUCAAAGACUGAUGCUCCGAAGGGUGGCCCUUAAAAAUGUGGACAGCUUCCCUCCACCUUUUCGCCCUCUUCAUAACUUGACCAUCCUGGAUCUAAGCAACAACAACAUAGCCAACAUAAAUGAUGAACUGUUGGAGGGUCUUGAGAAACUAGAAGUUCUGGAUUUGCAGCAUAACAAUUUAGCACGGCUCUGGAAACACGCAAACCCUGGUGGUCCUGUUCAUUUUCUAAAGGGUCUUUCUCACCUCCACGUCCUUAACUUAGAGUCUAACGGCUUUGAUGAGAUCCCAGCAGAGGCCUUCAAGAAUUUAUUUGAAUUAAAAAGCAUUAAUCUAGGACUGAAUAAUUUAAACAUACUUCCGCCAUCUGUCUUUGACGAUCAGGUGUCUCUGAAGUCACUGAGCCUUCAGAAGAAUCUCAUCACAUCAGUUGAGAAGAAUGUUUUUGGGCCAGCUUUGAAGAACCUGAGUAGUUUAGAUAUGAGCUUUAAUCCAUUUGAUUGUACAUGUGAAAGCAUUGCCUGGUUUGUUAAUUGGAUUAAUGGUACCCAUACCAACAUCUCUGAGCUAUCAAGUCAUUAUCUCUGCAACACUCCACCUCAGUAUCAUGGUUUCCCAGUGAUGCUUUUUGAUACAUCAUCCUGCAAAGACAGUGCCCCCUUUGAACUUCUUUUCAUGAUAAAUACCAGUUUCCUAUUGAUUUUUAUCUUUAUUGUACUGCUCAUCCAUUUUGAAGGCUGGAGAAUAUCUUUUUACUGGAACGUUUCAGUGCAUCGAGUUCUUGGUUUCAAAGAAAUAGACAGCCAGCCAGAGCAGUUUGAGUAUGCAGCAUAUAUAAUUCACGCCUACAAAGAUAGGGACUGGGUCUGGGAACACUUCUCCCCAAUGGAAGAACAAGAUCAAACUCUCAAGUUUUGUCUGGAAGAAAGGGACUUUCAGGCAGGUGUCCUUGAACUUGAAGCAAUUAUUAACAGCAUCAAAAGGAGCAGAAAAAUUAUUUUCAUUAUAACACAGCAUCUAUUAAAAGAUCCAUUAUGCAAAAGAUUCAAGGUGCAUCAUGCAGUUCAGCAAGCUAUUGAACAGAACCUGGAUUCCAUUAUAUUGAUCUUUCUUGAGGAGAUUCCAGAUUAUAAACUGAACCAUGCGCUCUGUUUGCGAAGAGGAAUGUUUAAAUCGCGCUGUAUCUUGAACUGGCCAGUCCAGAAAGAACGGAUAAAUGCCUUUCAUCAUAAACUGCAAGUAGCACUUGGAUCCAGAAAUUCAGCACAUUAAAUGUUUUUAAAGACUAAUUUACAAAGGCGUAAUUUUCCCAAUUUAAAAGUUCCAUGUUAAAUUUGUUUUAUCUGAAAAUAACAUAAAUCUGUUUAUUCAUAUUUAUAGGUGAGAAUAUUAUAUCACAAUUAUAUCUCUUCCAUGGAAAUAUGUCUCCCUACUUCAGGUGUUCCAUUGCCAAUUAACUUAAUUUGACUCCAAAUAAACGUAGAAGAAUAUCCUGUACUAAGGAAUACUCAAUUGGUUGCUGAGGCCUGUGACAAUAAUAAUAUUUAAAAUAUUCCUCAUUUAAAGAAAAGUCAGAGUUUAUGAGGAUUUGUGAUAAUUACGUUUGGGUUUUUUUGGAUGCAUUCAUAAUAGAAUAAAAGAUAAUUGUUUUAAAGGGUACAAUGCUAUUUCAGUUGUAAAAGAGCAAAAUAUAUAUCUACAUUUUUAAAAGUUUAAUUAUGGUAUUUUUUUUAAAUUGAAAAGCUUUGUAUUUUAGUAGUGCCUAUCCAGUGCUGAUUUCUUAAAUGUUAAAUACCAUUUUAAUAUACCUUAUAGAGGGCAGAAAACAUUUGUCAUUCAUUUUGAUUACUUAAUAAAAGAAAUAAUUUAAUAAAGACUUACUUAUAUUUUCCUGGUAUUUGGAUUUCUGCUGUAGGAGGUAUUAGAAGAAAUAACUCUCUUGCUUAAAAAUAUUGCAGAAAGGCUUGCUUCCUGAAGGUUAAUUGGUGGAUUGGCUUUGUGGAAACAAAAAUUUGUCUUCCUCUGGUCACAGACCCAGGAGACAGCCCUGGCCGAAUCACCUGGUGCCACAGCGACUCUUUGACUCCUUGAAAAUUAUGAUAAACAAAAUCUUAAAGAUUCCCUUGUAAUUAGCGAUGAUGGUCAUGGUAUAACACAUUCACAUGGAAUCUAUUAUUCUACCUUAAAAUAGUAUACUAUGUGUAAGUUAGUUCUUUUCUAGAAAGACUAUUUUAAGUUUUGUUUUUGUUUUACAAUAAAAAGAGUCUAAUUCUUGGAACUAGACAAGAAUAAAUUUUUAAAACCUUUAUAUUCAAAUAUAAGAGAGGGUUGACAUUAUGCUGAGUUACUUUCUGUACUUGAAGGGCCCAUUCGUCUGCUGAAUUUAGGGAGCUUUUGCGAUGUCACAUUUGGGAACUUUAAGGAGUUCAGUGUUCUCAGGGCUAAAGUUGACACAAUUCUGGAAAAUUAAUACCCGCUGUACUGCUGGUUCUGGGAGUCUACAGUCCCCCGACAUCGUGACUAUACAGAGGUCUCAUUUUCCCUUUCACAUUACGCACCAUCCUUCCACAGGAGACACUUGUUUUACAGCCUUUUCAUUAAGAUUUGUUUUCUAACUGUAAAACAAUGCUGGUUUACUCUGGCAUCAUAAAAUAAAAAAUCACAGCUACUUUUUUUCUUGAUGCAGUUUGGAUGUUAUCUAUCAAUAUUCUCAACUGCAUUAAAAUGUCUCUAAAUCAAUGAUUACUAUGAAUUAACCAAUCCAUGAUCAAUUUGUGAAAAGCAGGGCGGGAAGUAAUUUUGCUUUCAUUGUCUUGUUUGUUUGCUUAUGAAGUAGUUGAUCAAAGGGCCACCAUUUAAAUGGAGUCCAAAUGUAAUUUUUAAAAAGUUGCUUUAUAUUUAAGAGGUUAGGCUACACAAGAGAUGAUCUGUUUAACUGAGUAUAAAUGAAACUAAUAAAAGGUGUAACUUUUA